CAGCCCUGAUAUUUGAAAUUGGCAGAAAAACAAUAAACAGAACAGACGCCCCGCAAUAAUUCGAAAAACAACGAACAUUUAUUGUAUUUAUAUAUUGAAAAUUAUUAAGAAAGUAUAACAAAAUUAAAAGAUGAGCAAUAAGAGCACGCCGGUGCGUCAACGAAUACAACAAUAUCAAAUGCGUGGACGUGGAAGCACGACGCCAGCCGCCACAGAUGCCAAUGGACUGCGAAAAAAAGUGUUGACCAGGACGCCGAAGUCGCAGGAUGCAGCACCAGAGCAGCUGUUGAAUACGGCAUUCAGUCGAACAAAAAAUACACCCACCCAGCCAACAGUUAGGUCGACAGCCUUAAAUGCUUGCUAUACACCUUCAUCUCUUUAUAGAUUUACACCUGGUCGAGCUGGGCCAGUGGCGGGAAAGACUCCCAUUGCAUCUGCCUCGAAAUCAAAGACUCCCAGGGAGAAGGAAAGAUCGGAUAAACUUGAUGCCAUGACGGACUCGAUGCACAGUGUCUCUGAAGAUAGUAAUAUGAUGGUGGCUGUCCGUGUCCGGCCGCUGAAUGCAUUGGAAUGUACACGUGGUCAGGUCACCAAUGUGGUUCAGGUGCAUAGCAAUAGCAACGAGUUGACUGUCCAGGCUGGCAGCAGUGCCGAUGCAUCUGCCGGAGUUACACAUUUCUUUAGCUAUGAUCAAGUUUUCUAUUCGUGCGAUCCGGAUAGAAAGAAUUACGCUUGCCAGGCAAAAGUCUUUGAGAAAACAGCUUGUCCCUUGAUCGAUACGGCAUUCGAGGGCUACAAUGCCUGCCUGUUUGCAUAUGGACAGACGGGAUCUGGCAAAUCUUACAGUAUGAUGGGCAUAGAAGCUCUGGAUGAUGCGGCACUUGAUGGUGGACCGCCACAUGAUGAAGCCGGCAUUAUACCACGAUUCUGUCAUGAAUUGUUUCGUCGCAUUGAAGCUGUUCGUCAUCAACAGCUGCAAGUCGAGGUGGAGGUUAGCUACUUUGAGAUCUACAACGAGAAGAUCCAUGAUCUUUUAAGUGUCCAGCAAGUGGUAACUGCCGGAGAUUCGACACCUCUGCAGCAGCAUCAUCAACACCAACAACAAACUAGACCCGCUCUCAAAGUGCGCGAACAUCCCAUAUUUGGUCCUUAUGUUGUGGAUUUGAGUGCGCACUCUGUGGAUUCAUAUUCAGCUCUACGCAAUUGGUUGGCUGUCGGCAAUUCGCAACGUGCCACAGCUUCCACGGCCAUGAAUGACAAGAGUUCACGUUCCCAUUCCAUAUUCAAUAUUGUUCUCAAUUUAACGGAUUUAUCAAGCGAUGAUGGUCUAUCUUCGGAUACGGAUUCAGGAACUACCACAUCCUCUGCAGCCUCAUCGUUACGCCAAACACGUCGCAGUAAAAUCAGUCUUGUGGAUUUGGCCGGCAGCGAAAGGAUCAGUGUAUCUGGUUCGAAUGGUGAAAGGAUACGAGAAGGCGUUAGCAUCAACAAGAGUUUACUUACCUUGGGCAAGGUAAUUGCUGCAUUGGCAGAUUCUCGCAAAAAUGGCCCAUACGUUGGAACCACCUCGUCCUCCUCCUCAUCAUCUGUGCCCAAUAUAUUUGUUCCCUAUCGAGAAAGUGUCCUCACCUGGUUACUUAGGGAAAAUCUUGGUGGUAAUUCAAAAACCGUUAUGUUGGCCACUAUUUCGCCAGCCAGUGUACAUGUUGAUGAAACCUUGGCAACUCUGCGAUAUGCAUGCAAAGCCCGUUCCAUUGUGAAUCGAGUGAAAGUGAACGAGUCGCCACAUGACAAGAUCAUAAGGGAUCUGCGAGCCGAAGUCGAUCGACUAAAAUCACUGAAAAAUGAUUACGAACGACAACGGCGAAUAUCCUCGGGAACCAACACAAAUCCUGCGCCGCGGAAAAUAAUAAUUGAAACUUCUGGGGAUGAUUCAGAAGUGGAAGCUUUGCGUCAACAGUUGGUCGAAAGGGAACGAGAAUUGAGUAGGGCCCAAAAGUCAUGGAUGGAAAAACUUAAGGAGGCGGAGGAUCUACGAAAAUCCGAAUUACGUUUGCUGAAACGCAAGGGUUUGGCAUUGGAACUGGCUGCCGGGGAGAAGCAGGCUUGUCUCGUCAAUCUUACAGCCGAUCCGAUAUUGAGUGGAACCCUUUUCUAUCUAUUGCCACCGGGAAUAGUGCGUAUAGGACGCGGACGUUUGCCAAGUGCCACAGCCCCUCAACCGGAUAUAGUACUUGAUGGUCCCCUGGUGGCGUUACAGCACUGCAGCAUAGAGCAUGAACGUGGUGGCAAAUUGUAUGUAAUACCGGGAAGCGAGGACUUUGAAACAUAUGUAAAUGGCGAAUUGCUCGAGGAUCGUCGGGAGCUAUUUCAUGGCGAUCGUUUGGUUAUAGGUGGCUCACAUUAUUUUCGCAUAUCGAAUCCCUUCUGCUCUCAGAGAGGUAAAGUUGAUAAGCUAGUGGAUUUUCAGUUGGCUCAUCAGGAGAUUCUUCAAAAGCAGGAAGAACAAUUGCGAACCGAACUAGAGGCUGAGAAACGGGUCGCUCUAAUGAGCAUAGAACAGGAGCGUGCCCAACAUGCCAAAGAUUUUGAAGAGCGUUUGCAAUGCCUUGAAUUGGAACAGUUUAAGUACAAAUGCAACAGUGAGAUGUUGGAGAAUGAACGUCAAGCUCUGGCCCAGGCUCAAACUCCAGUGGCCGUGACGACGCCAGCUUCGAAAUCCACUCUACUCGAGGAUAUACAACGUAUUAUGCUGAAUCCUAGCGAGGAAAGCCUGCACAAAACCCAAUUAAUGGUCAAAGAAGCAACGCAACGUUGUCGUCAAAUGGGUGUAGAGCUAGAAUUUCGUCAAACCCAGUCACCAGAUGAGUUUGGGUUACUCCGCACGGUUAUCCUAAUCCUAGACAAGCAACGUGGCCUUAAGGCUGAAUGGCCUACAGCCCGUCUGGGUGUUUGGUUAGACUUGUUAAGAGAUAACUCAACUGACUAUCAGGGAAAACUUAAUUCAAGGACUAUAUUCCAAAGCGUUGAAGUAGAAUGGCAACCCAUAGAAGAUGACCUAAAUGAGACUCUGGGUGAUGCUCAUAAUUCUAGUCGCAUUGGCUUAAAUCUAUCUGCCAUGAAGGAUAUGCUAUUGAAGCAGCCCUUCAAGCGACUCCUUUCCGCAAGUAAUUCCCCCCAAGUAUCGCCAUUACCAGGAUUCAAGACGACUCAGUUCACCAAACGUCAUCUGUCCUACGAGUCAGAUACGGAAUCGACUGAAACGAGCAACAAUUUAACCCUACUUAUCCAUCAGGAGUUGCAGGUGAUGCACAGAUCGUCACAGCGUUUGCGUCGCUAUUGUGAAACUGCGGUUAACGAGCGUGAAAACCAUCAGGAUAAUGGCAACCUGGCUGUAAGCAUUCAAGAGGCUUUGACCAAACUGGAGCAAGUACUCCAGGGCAUGGGCAGUUCGUUAUCCCUAUCCCAAGCCCAAACUGCCAUAACUUCGCCCAAUAGCAAAACGACGACGAAAGCCGUUCGCUUUCUCAUCGAUUGACAAAAAGGAACUCAAAUUCCGAAGGACAUUUAAUGCAAUGGAUUGUGUUUGUUUGUUUUUUUUAGUUUUU